CUCAUACUUUUUGUUAGAAAAUGGAUACCCCAAAACAUCAUAUCCUCGAAGAAAUUGAGAUAGAUUUCGACGCUGAAAGGGUUUGUCCUUCAGGGGAAAUGGGAGCUGCAUUGUUUGGUUGGCCAUGGCAGAAUUUGGGCAGUUACAAGUAUAUCUUGUUUGGGCCACUUCUUGUUGAGUUCAUUUCUUCAACAAUCUACGAAACGAGGCAAUGUGAGUAUAGUUGGUGCAUUCAUAUUCUGAUCUUGUGUUCGCUAAGAGGAGUUGUACACCAACUAUGGAGCUCAUUUGAUAGCAUGCUUUGGCUUAAUCGAACUAAUCGAUUAUCUAAAAGAGGAGUCGAUUUUGGUCAAAUCGAUCGUGAAUGGCAUUGGGACAACUUCAUCAUACUUCAAGCAUUCAUGGCUUCAAUAAUCUUAUUGAUCAACCCUUCAAUAUUGACCAAUCUUCCUACAUGGAAAACAAGUGGAAUUAUUUCUUGCAUAUUUUUCCAUAUUGGGCUUUCGGAACCUUUAUAUUAUUGGCUUCAUAAGUUAGGACAUUCAUCCCAUUUCUUCCAACAAUAUCAUUGGCUUCACCAUAGUUCUAAAGUAAACCAUCCUUAUACAGCUGGGCAUGCAACAUUUUUCGAGCAUUUACUACUUUGUGUGAUUAUAGGAGUUCCGAUUGCUGGGACUACAUUGAUCGGACAUGGUUCCCUUAUCAUGUUCUAUGGAUAUGUUUUGAUUUUUGAUUUCCUUAGAUGUAUGGGGCAUAGUAAUGUCGAAAUUGUGCCUCGUUACAUUUUUGAUAACCUCCCUAUAUUGAAAUAUGUUAUUUAUACGCCAACAUACCAUUUUAUACACCACAAAGACAUGAAGACCAACUUUUGCCUCUUUAUGCCUCUCUUUGAUAUUUUGGGAAAUACAAUGAAUGAGAUUUCGUGGGAUCUUCAUAGAGAAAUAAGUUCAACUCAAGGCAAAAAAGCGAAAGCACCGGAAUUUGUGUUUCUUGUACACGGGGUUGAUAUAAAGUCAUCAACGCAUGUUCCGUUAUUUUUUCGAUCACUAUCCUCAUGGCCAUAUAACACAAAUAUUAUUCACUUGCUACUUUGGCCUGCUUCUUUCUUGGCGGCGUUGAUCAUGUGGGCUAAAUCAAAGACUUGGUUGCUCGCUUUCUUCCAUCUUAGAGGAAAAUUGCUUCAAACUUGGAUUGUGCCACGAUGUGGAUUCAUGUACUUUUUACCAUUCGCGAAAAAUGGCAUAAAUAAUCAAAUUGAGAAAGCUAUACUAAGAGCUGAUAGGAUUGGUGUCAAGGUUUUAAGUCUCGCGGCCUUAAACAAGAAUGAAGCUUUGAAUGGAGGUGGGAAACUUUUUGUCACGAAACUUCCGGAUCUUAAAGUUCAUGUAGUCCAUGGAAAUACAUUGACCGCAGCCGUUAUUCUCAAUGAGAUUCCUCAAGAUGUGAAAGAGGUGUUCUUAACAGGAGCUACUUCUAAGCUUGGAAGAGCCAUUGCCCUUUAUUUAACUCGUCGUAAAGUUAAAGUCAUGAUGCUUACCGAAUCCACUGAAAGAUUUACAAGAAUUCAGAAAGAAGCUCCACUAGAAAGCCAAAGCUCUUUGGUGCAAGUCACCAAGUAUCAAGAAGCUAAACAUUGCAAGACAUGGAUUCUGGGUAAAUGGGCUACACCAAGUGAGCAAAGAUGGGCACCACCAGGAACUCAUUUUCAUCAAUUUGUGCUUCCACCGGUGUUCGAAUUCAGAAGAGAUUGCACAUAUGGUAAGAUGGCUGCCAUGAGGCUUCCAGAUGAUGUUCAAGACCUUGGCUUCUGUGAGUACAAAAUGGAAAGAGGUGUGGUGCACGCUUGUCAUGCAGGCGGGAUAGUUCAUCUACUUGAAGGUUGGAGCCACCAUGAAGUUGGCGCGGUCGAUGUGGUCCAGAUUGAUUUGGUAUGGGAAGCAGCUCUGAGACAUGGGUUCAAACCUGUUUGAAGUUGUCUUUCUUAGAAGAUAUCUGUUUAUUGUAGAAUAAUUACUUCAAAACUUCCA